AUGGAAGAGGUUACUGAACUUCAACCAGUUCCUGAUGCUCAUGUACCCGUCAUGAAAUUCAAGCUCCGGGGAAUAUCAAUAGAUCUUUUGUAUGCAAGCAUAUCUCUUUUGGUUGUUCCAGAGGAUCUGGACAUCUCACAUGAAUCUGUGCUAUUUGAUGUCGAUGAGCAAACUGUUCGAAGUCUGAACGGCUGCAGGGUUGCAGAUCAAAUUCUUAAACUUGUCCCCAAUGUUGAGGUUACUGGAUUCCUGGGUGGUGUAAAUUGGGCUAUAUUAGUUGCUCGGAUAUGUCAGCUUUAUCCCAAUGCAAUUCCUAGCAUGUUGGUUUCUAGAUUUUUCAGAGUAUACACUCAGUGGCGUUGGCCAAAUCCUGUAACUUUAUGUUCAAUUGAAGAGAAUGAACUUGGUUUCCCUACAUGGGAUCCUCGUAAAAACCCUCGUGACCGCUUUCAUCACAUGCCAAUAAUAACUCCUGCGUAUCCUUGCAUGAACUCUAGUUACAAUGUCUCAAUAAGUACUCUACGAGUUAUGACAGAGCAGUUCCACCAUGGUAAUAGGAUAUGUGAGGAGAUUGAGCUGAACAAGACCCAGUGGAGCGCUCUCUUUGAACCUUAUCUUUUUUUUGAGGCAUACAAAAACUAUCUGCAGGUGGACAUAGUUGCAGCUGAUUCUGAUGAUUUGCUGGCGUGGAAGGG